AUAUAGCGCAGCAAGCUCAUCGAAUGUCAGUGAUAACCGAAUUGAAUGCAUUCGAUUGUGUGUGCAGCAGUUGUGUAAUGUGUACAUACUAUUCUAUUACGGUAAUAGUACAAUAACACAACACCCCCGCGUCGCACUUGUCCGUAGCGGUAUUCUCGUUGUUAUAUUAUUAUUCGUCAAUCUCGCCGAUCCCGUCAACGGAAAGCGGACACGGUGUAUUUGCUUAGAUUUAAUAGUUUUUCGAUUAAAAAAUAUACGUUCGUCGCCGUCGUCGUGUCGCCCGCGCGUCUCUUUCCGCCGUCGCGCCGCCCGCAGACUACGACACCGCCACCGCCGCCGCUGUUGUUUUCCGACCGAAUAUCGCCGCAUCGCCGACGAUAAAUCGCUGCCGCCAAGUGUUUAUGGGCGAAAUGGACGCCGUCAAUCGGUCCACGUUCACCGGCGCCCUCCGACCAGCCGUCGUCGGCGUUUUUCUGUGAAUUCUGGAGCGAGUCGUCCCGUCGCAUCGCAUCGGCACGAUGUCGUCCGGACCGCGUCUUGUGGCGCCGCCGUUCGCGGCAGCAACGGUGUUGUUGUUGAUAGGUUUUUGUACGGUUUCGUUUGCUCACUCUUCGAGACAACAGAUCCAAGACGGGUCGAUGGGCGACGACACGACCGGUCACCACGGUCGGUGUGAGCCGAUCACCAUACCGUUUUGCAUGGGCAUAGCGUACAACGAAACAAUCAUGCCUAACUUGCUGGGUCAACAGCGUCAGGAUGAAGCAGGCUUCGAAGUGCAGCAGUAUUAUCCGCUGGUGAAAAUCCAGUGUUCGCACGAUUUGCAAUUUUUUCUGUGCAGCGUUUUCGUUCCCGUGUGCACUAUAAUUGAAAGACCUAUUCCGCCGUGUCGAUCGCUGUGUGUGUCAGCGCGUAACGGGUGUGAAUCGAUCAUGAAUCGUUUUCAAAUCGAAUGGCCCGAUAAUUUAGAAUGUUCAAAAUUCCCUGAAAAUGGACAACUCUGCGUUGGUGAGAAUAAUGUAACAAACACUACUCCGACACCACAGACUGGUUUAAUAGAACAAAACGGAAAAGAUUUAUCAGCACCCGGAACUAGACACUUUUCAGGAGAUCAAGGAUAUUCAAACAAUCCCAAUAGCUUUGAUAUUGGAUUUGUUUGCCCACAACAAUUUCGAAUUGAGUCUACCAGUAACAAAAAAAGAUCUGAUAGGAGCAAUCAAGUUUAUACAUUAAAAAUUGGCAAUAAGGUAGUAAAGGGUUGUGGUGUACCGUGUGAUGCAUUCUGGAGUGAAGAUCAAAUGCGCAAAGCCAGAAUAUGGGUGGCUUCGUGGUCUGUAUUAUGUGCUAUAUCCUGUUUAUUUACAUCCUUAACAUUUGCCAUCGAUACUCACCGUUUUCGAUAUCCAGAACGACCAAUAAUAUUCUUGUCUUUAUGUUAUCUGAUGGUUUCCGUAUCUUAUCUGAUUGGAUAUUUAUCGGGAAACAAUGUUGCAUGCAACAAGCAAAAUUUAAUUACUCAAGGUACAGAUGAUAAUGAAUGGUGUACUGUACUAUUUAUGGUGUCGUAUUUCUUUAGUACCGCAUCUUCUGUAUGGUGGGUUGUGUUGACGUUGACUUGGUUCCUGGCUGCGGGACUUAAAUGGGGACAUGAAGCUAUUGAAGCAAAUUCUCAUUAUUUCCACUUAGCGGCAUGGACAGUUCCCGCUGCUAAAACAAUUACAGUUCUGGCUAUGGGAAAAAUUGAGGGUGAUGUGUUAACUGGAAUCUGUUCAAUGGCUGUUUGGAGUGAUGAUACUGCUGUGAGAGACAUGGUGCUGAUUCCUUUAGUAGUAUACCUGAUCUUGGGUACAGCAUUUUGGAUGGCUGGAUUUGUUUCUUUAUGUCGCAUUCGAAAAGUAAUGAAACAUGAUGGCACCCGAGGUACAGACAAAUUGGAAAAACUGAUGAUAAGAAUUGGUGUCUUUAGUGUUCUAUACACAGUACCUGCUGUUGCUCAAAUUUUAUGCUUAGUCUAUGAACAUGUCAAUCUUAGUUCAUGGAUUAUUAGUUGGCAUUCUACUCUUUGCCAAGAUCCAAAGUAUGCUCUACCAUGUCCUUCUCAACCUAGUGAUCCAGGAAGAAAACCUAGUUUUGAGGUGUUUAUAGCUAAAUAUUUUGUUUCAUUAUUAGUCGGUCUUACAUCGAGUGUUUGGAUUUGGUCUGGUAAAACUCUAAAUAGUUGGCAAAAAUUUUUGGCACGAAUUCGACCUAAUUCAGGUAAAUCUGAAGCAUAUGUUUAAUUAACUUAGAAAUUUGGUUUAUUAACAUAUCAUCAAUAUUUGUUUUUAAUUGAAAUUUCUUACAAAAUAAUACAUAUUUUACACUCUUCAUAAGACAUUUAUUAAUUAGGAAUGAUUUGAUACCAUUUUUUGAUUAUGCAAUUAUCUAUUGUAUUGGUUUUAGUCUGAUAUUUAAUGUACAUAUUAGUUUGACCACUCUUUAAUAAAUAAAUAAUUAACAUUACUAAAUGGCAUGUAUAUAAUUAUACAUUUAGUGGUAAUUAAAUGUAUGUGUAUAUAAAAUAAUAAUAAUCUUUUUUAGGCUUGUUUAACAAUAUCAUUACUAUUAUUAAAUAGUAAAAAUUAUCUUUAUUUCUUAGAAAUAUAAUAAUCAUUGAUGAUACGCUAGAAUUUUAUAUUUUUUUUUAAUUUUAUACACUACAAUUUCUACUACUAUUAUUUAUGUAAUUUUAUGGUUUUCUUUAAUAAUUUGUUACAUAUAUAUAUAUAAAUAUGUGUGUGUGUGUGUAUUUUUAUUCUAUCAGUGUUGGCUUAGCUAUAUUGGCAUUAACAUUAAUUAUUACACGUAUUUAUGGUAUUACAAUUUAUUGUUUAAGUAGAAUUAGCAUAAAGAUCUAGAACUGGAGCCACACUGUUUUCUUCAAGUCUACUUUAAUUAUCUAAAACAACUAUAAAACUAUAUUGUUACCAAAUUCUGUCCUUUGAACAAACUUAUUAAAUAAUUUUUAUUUUUUACAUAAAUAUUUAUUCAAUGUUAAUACCAAGAACCAAUAAAAUAAAACAUCUGACGAUUUGUUUUUCUGUUAAGACUAUUAUGAAUAUUUCUU